GGGUGCAAAUCAGCGGUUCCUCUCCGAAACAGUAGACGGCGUGUUCUACGAAAUCGUGUUUUAAUCCGCAGUUAUUCACCAGCGAAUUUUUUUUACAGACGCGUUUUUGAGGGAACAAAGAAAGGAGCUCGGGGGUUGGUGUUCCCACAAGGCCAUAUCUCCAGCUCUUGUUUACGGAAGCCAGACAGAAAACAUAGGCGGCCACCUGUGCUAAUGAGCUAUCUAGCUUGCUUCGAACACCUGGCUGUACGCAACAGUGGGGAGGAAGUGUAGUUCUUCAACUGGAGAAACACAACUUCUGUGCAAUACUCGCCAAUGAUGAGAAUAGCUUGAAAUCCACAAUUCCUCAGCCAAGAUGUCAAAAAGGCCAUCAUAUGCACCUCCCCCCACCCCAGCCCCCACAACUGUAAGUAUCACAUACCAUCCAACAUCAGUCCUCCCAUUUUCUCCCAAUGCCAGGGGAGUGGGUCUUCUAUACAAUCAACAUGAGCUCAGUAAUGUACUGUUGGGCUGCCGGAGCGCACAGACAUAUUAGCUCAGGAUGUUCUGUCAAUACAUUUGCAAGUAUGUGGCUCACAGACAAACAUUUCCCUUCAUCUAAAUCACAUGCUGCUAUACAUUUUGAACAUUAAUAGAUGGAAGUGGAACUGGCCAGUUACCAGCUGUUUACCUCCCUCUUUGCUAUCUUUUUAUUUUGUGAUGCUCCUAUGACAGAAAUAAGCCAAUGACUAUGCGCUGCUUUAAAUCAUUACCCCCAAAAUCCUUUUCAUUUUUUGUUGUCCCUCCCCCUUGUUUGUUUCAUUUCUCAUUUGUGUUUUGUCUCAUUUGUCUCCAUCAGCAAGUGCCCAACACCCCUGGGUUUGUGGGGUACAACCCAUACAGCCAUCUGGCCUACAACAACUACAGGCUGGGAGGGAAUACCGGCAGCAACAACAGGAAUUCCUCAGGAAUCACUGUUCCCAAGCCGCCCAAACCGCCAGACAAGCCGCUGAUGCCCUACAUGCGGUACAGCCGGAAGGUAAGCAGGAAGGUCUGGGACCAAGUCAAAGCCUCCAAUCCGGAUCUGAAAUUAUGGGAGAUUGGAAAGAUUAUUGGUGGCAUGUGGAGGGACCUCACUGAAGAGGAGAAGCAGGACUACUUGAACGAAUAUGAAGCGGAAAAGAUUGAGUACAACGACUCCCUGAAGGCCUACCACAACUCACCGGCUUACCUGGCCUACAUCAAUGCCAAGAACCGUGCCGAGGCGGCUCUGGAGGAGGAGAGCAGACAGCGGCAGACCCGCGUUGAGAAGGGAGAACCAUACAUGAGCAUCCAGCCUGCUGAAGACCCAGAUGACUAUGACGAUGGGUUCUCCAUGAAGCACACGGCCACCGCUCGCUUCCAGAGGAACCACCGGCUCAUCAGUGACAUCCUUAGUGAGAUUGUGGUGCCAGAUGUGCGCUCUGUCGUCACCACUGCACGCAUGCAAGUCCUCAAGCGCCAGGUCCAGUCCCUCAUGGUGCACCAGAGGAAGCUGGAAGCAGAGCUGCUGCAAAUAGAGGACCGGCACCAGGACAAGAAGAGGAGAUUCCUGGAGACGACAGACUCUUUCAACAGUGAGCUCAAACGGCUGUGCGGUCAGAAGGUGGAGGUAGACAUGGAGAAGCUGGCAGCAGAGAUUGCUGUGGCAGAGGAGACUGCUAGGCGGCGGGCGGAGGAGAGGGAGAAGGAAGCGGCGGAGCAGGCAGAGAAGGCGGCCCAGGAACAGCAAGAGCAGCAGCAGGCAGCAGCAGCCUCCGCUUCAUCUACCCUGCCCAUCACUGAACAGAACAACACCACCCCACCAACCACAGAGAACAAGGAGGACCAGGACAAGCCAACUCCUAUGGAGACCGAAGAGACUCCUGCAUCAGAGCCAUCUGAGAGCCAUCCUGAGGCUGAGGAGGGCACACCUGCUGCAGAGAAGCAGCAGGGCCCGUCGGGGGAGAGCGUCACGGACGAGGGCACUAGUGACAGUACUGCCCCAUCCGAGAGCAGCACCGGACCCCCUGCAGACCCCCCUGCUUCAGCUGAACCUGCCCCAGAGGAACGCCCAGCCAGCCAGCCCUCCCAAUAACAUCUCUGUAGAAGGGCACACCUCUCUCUGAGCACACCCUCAACCUGUAGACUAGGGUCAUGCUUUGUGGGCACAGUGUUGCAUAUCAAAAAUAUUAGAAUGUAUAGAAGUGAUUUCAUGGGUAGAGAUGUCCAUAGUUUUGUACAUUCUGUGUGUUAUUUGCGAUGUCGUGCAACCCUGUGCCCAUUUAAAUAUGACCCUGUGAUGUUCUUCCACCAUCCCCACACUCAGUUUGUGUGUUUGACAUUUCUAUUGAGCUUAUGGAUUUCUGGAUUCAUACCACAAGCCAACCGUUCCUCUUUAGCUAUUGGCGUUGAUAGAACAGGGAGGGGCCUAGGCCUAAUUUAUUCCAUACCCAAUUGACAAUGAUUUUUAAAUGCUGUUUUUGUUGCCUAUUUUUUUUUAAAUCUAACUUUUAGUUAGUAAUCAAUAUGGUGUGGACUGUUAGUGAUGGAUUAAAUUCAGAAUUCAUAUGAAAUGGCCAGUCCUUCAAUAUCACAACAAAUGGAUAAUUUGUGAACUGUUUUACAUGAGCUGUUUGCAACUGCACAGCUGUGUCAAACCCUGUUGCUGUGUAUCACCACUAGAGAAAUGGUCAGGAUGAACCUCAGAUAAAACCUCACGUAUUCAAAUGACUGUUUUUACUUGAAUUUGAGUAAUUUUAGUAUGCCUCUGCAAUUUGCAUAUUUUUUUGUACUGUCAAGCCUCUUGCCCAAAUAAAAGUAAUUUCUGUCUUUC